AUGUCAUUCGGCGGAUUUGGCAGUUCCAGUGCGCCUACGAGCGGUGGCUUCGGUAGCUUCGGCUCCACUAACACUAGCAGUGGAUUUGGCACCUCUGCAGCUGCUUCUCCGUUUGGUGGGGGUGGAGCAACAAACGGUUUUGGCUCUGGGACGUCCACAUUUGGUGCGGGGGCGGCAAAGCCGACAUUUGGAGGCUUUGGAGCCGCUGCACCGGCUACAGGAGGCGGUUUUGGUGCACCACAGACGUCUACAACAGGCUUUGGAGGCUUUGGAACGGCUACAGCGCCGUCCUCGACGGGUUUCGGGGCAUCGGCGACCCCCGCGCCGUCUUCAGGCUUUGGAACGACGUCGGCGUUUGGUGGAGCGUCCGGUACCGGCUUUGGAUCGUCUGGGACAUCGGCAUUUGGAGCCAAUACGCCGUUUGGUGCCAAGCCGAGCACGAGUCCGAGUCCAUUUGGAUCGACAAGCGCGUUUGGUGGCAGUAGUGGAACAACCAGUACUUUUGGAGGAGGAGGAGGAGGGGCUACAGCGGGAGGAUUUGGGACAUCGACCCCACCUGCUAGUAGCGGGAUGUUUGGCAAUACAAGUGGUUUUGGUGUAGCAGCAGCUAAGAGCCCGUUUGGUACGACGUCGACAGCUACAACGGGAGGAUUUGGCGCUCCACCGACGGGUCAAACGGGGUUUGGAGGCUUUGGCACGCAGCCAACGACAGCUGCAGUUCCAACGGGACAAGUACAGGUUGGUACGGGUCAACCACCGUAUCAACCGACACGGGAGAUGGAGACUUCAGGAACAGGUGGCACGGCCAAUUACAUUUCGAUCUCACGCAUGCCUGCGUAUGCACAUAAAUCGACCGAGGAGCUACGUUAUGAAGAUUAUUUGAAGCGUACAAAUCCAGCGGCUGCUCAGGCAGCUGCUACACAGAAUGCACCAGCGCCUAGUGCGACAACAGGUGGAUCAAGUGCGUUUGGAGGCUUUGGCGCACAACCAGCUACAAGUUCAGCUUUUGGCGCGACAGGAGGCUUUGGCACCAAUCAGGCAUCGACAUUUGGUGCGCCGUCUACUGGUGGAGGUUUUGGGUCAUCUGCUUUUGGCUCGACUACUACGGCAUCGACACCUGGUGUGUUUGGUGGUUUUGGAUCACAGCCUGCUGCUCCUGCUACAAGUGGCGGUAUGUUUGGAAAUACUACUGCUGCUCAUCCUGCUACGGGUGCUUUCGGUGCACCAGCCACAAGUAGCGCGUUCGGCGCUGCACCUGGGGCUGCCUCCGCUUUUGGAGCCCCUUCCACGAGCGGUGGUUUCGGAACAACUGCGGGUGGAUUCGGAAGUAGCUUUGGUGCAGCAUCGACAGCACAGCCUCAGAACAGUACCUUUGGAGGCUUUGGUGCAACCACCCCGGCGCCUUCUUCAGGCUUUGGUGCCUCAGGGUUCGGCAAACCAGCCGCAUCUCCGGGGUUUGGAGGCUUUGGGGCCACGACAGCACCUGCAGCACCGGCUGCGGGUGGUUUUGGCUUUGGAGCAGCACAACCACAAGCAAGUGCGAAUACGUCUCUUUUCGGUGGAUCUGGAGCUGCUGCGCCCGCUUCCACGGGCUUCUCGUUCGGUGGAUCCGCUCCGAAGUCUACAACAUCUGGAGGUUUUGGUUUUGGUUCCACUGGGGGUAGUGGCGCAUUCGGAAGUACAACUGGGAGUGCGUUUGGAGCGACUGCUGCACCCAGUGCUUUUGGCACUACGCCUGCGCAGACCGGUGCAGGCACUACCUCUCUCUUUGGAUCUGCUGGUGCAGCGCCUGGAUCGACCGGCGGCUUCGGUUUUGGAAGCACGCCGUCUCCCGCACCUGGUUCGACGACCAGCUUGUUUGGAGCGGCCAAGCCUGCAACGACCAGUCUUUUCGGAUCUACGACGGGCGGUUCUACCACAGGACUUUUUGGUGGUGGUGCAAGUGCUGGCGGAUCGUCUUUUUUUGGGGCACCUAACAAUGCUUCAAAUACUGGAACGACUGGGUUUGGUUUUGGUGGUGGUGGUGGUGGCGGAUUUGGAGGUAAUAGUACUGGUGGUUUUGGAAGCUUUGGAACCACUGGUACUCCCGCUGCUCAAACAGGAGCAUUUGGCACGACAGGUAGUUUGUUUGGGCAGCCACAACAACAAGCACAGGUAGCUGUCGCGCAGCCACACAACUUGGUAGCAGCUCCUGAUGUUAAUCCGUACGGUACUGGAUCGUUUGGUGCCGGACUUGUGGAGCAGAAUGUGAAGGCUGCACUGGAUCUUCAAACAAUUAAGACAGGUUCUAGUGCAUCCUCUCGUUUGCUCACUUUUACGGAUGACGUGGGGCUUUCUAGGGGCCCGUUGGAUCUACCUCCGGUGACACGGCGUCAAACAAUGAGCAGUCGUCAUGCCAUCCCGGUUUCAUUUAUUCGUGGCUCAUUCAAGGGCUCUAAGAGUCGAUUUUCCACUUUCACCGCCCCAACUCAUUCAGUCUCUCUUUCCAGUGGCUCCCGAUCUGGGUCGCGUGAUGAUGGCGGUGCUAAGGAGGAUGAAUUUAAGUUCACGUCGUCUCUGUUUCGCAAUCCUGUGACAAAGAGGCUGGUGAUUGACAAGGGGGAGCAAAGCCUUGCUCGAGGUACCCAAGGAAGGUCGCAUGUUUCUGUUGUGCCAAUUACUGAUAGCGACGGCAUUGACGUUUAUAAAAUUGGAAAGAGUCGCAGCCGGUUUUUGACGACUGGCGAUGACGGCAAGUACAGCGUCAGCUUCUGCAACCAAACGAACAAGAAAAUAUUUUCAUUGCGUCUGUACUCGAAUCAGACGGUGAAGCAAGCGAGAAAUGAAGUGAAUCUGUUGCUCCGUGAGAGCAGUACGUCGACGUCAUCCUUGAUCGUCGACAUCCAAUUGGUUUUGAAGGGAAGGAUUUUGCACGACGAUAAUACCAUCGAAGAGCUACAGUUGAAGGAAGGGGACUCUAUCGACGUUGUUGUGAUUGAAAAUCGCGCAGAUGAUAAGAAGCGUGAAGAUCAGAGUGUCUCGAUGCCUUCGCUGACGAAGAAGCCUGAAACACAGCCUAGUGACGAGACGGUGCCACCUAAGCGCUUUCUGACUUAUGACGAGUACUUGGCCUCUGCCGGUCGAAACGAGGACGAUUUGUUAAAAAACACUGAAGCGAACGGCACUGGUCAUCUGUCUCCUGCCACAUCGUCGUGCCCUACGCUGAAGAACGAGGAUUAUUAUACCAUUCCGUCAUAUGAUCGUCUACAGGCUAUGACUGACGGCGAAUUGUCACAGGUGGAUAAGUUCACUGUUGGUUGCCGUGGAUUGGGUGCGGUGGAGUGGAUAGGUAAGACAGAUGUGCGUCAUCUUGACCUUGAUGAGUUGGUGUUUUUCGAGAAGAAAGAAGUGAUUGUGUACAAGGACGAUGAAAAGAAGCAUACACGUGGCACGGGUCUAAAUAAGCCCGCUAUUGUCGAACUCCUGGGUAUUUUCCCGCCUCGCAAAUCGACCUCUCCCGAGAAGUACAAGGAGCGAGUGAAGCAGCGCACGCAAGAUAUUGGUGCUACCUUCCUCGACUACUCCGUUGACAAGGGUAUUUGGCGGUUCCGAGUAGAGCACUUCAGCCGAUACGGUUUUGAGGAUGGCGAUGACGACGAUGAUGUUGACAUGGAGGUCCCCGACGGAGCAGCUGAUGCACCCAGUAAAGAACUGCACAUCGAAGAGUUGCCACGAAAGCCGGCAAUGACUCGUGGCUUUGUGGCUAGUCGAGUGAAGACACCAUUUUCUGCUGACCGCAGUGGAUUAUUUCGUCAGUCGGGUAUCUAUAGUGGUAAUGUGAACACCACUGGUGACGUUGCAUCGUUUGGGGGUCAUCUGACACCUAUUGCCGUCAGUGAGAAGUGGGUAGGGAUGAAGUGUGAACCUGAAAAUGUCGCGUCAGAGGCGAAAUCGCGACUGGAUUUUAAUGUUGCCGAAGAGGUGGUUGCAUCGACGAAAGACCAGCAGCCAACCAGUGAAGUGUUCCCGGUCAUUCCGUACACUUUAAAACCUCUUGGCGUUGACAAUGCUAAUCAUCUGUCCGCUGGAGAAAAAUCAGCCACGUAUCAGAUGAUGCUAGAAGCUUCCAACCAGAAGCAUGCAAAAGUUGUGCGCAACAAUGUUGACGGAGGCAUGUUCAUGGCUCGUUCGUUUCGCUGCUCGUGGGGCCCAAAGGGCGAACUAGUAAAUCUGGGAAAGCUUACUUCGCGCCCGGAAAAAUAUUCAGAUGUGAAAAGCAGCGGCCGUCGCAUUUGCAUCGAGUUCCCCCUUCGCCUUGCUGAAGACCGUAGGCUGGAUCUCCACGAGAGAUUGAAGCUGCACUACGAUUACACCUCGCAGGAUCGGAGCCGUAAUGAUGUUAUUGACCAAGAAGAAUCCGGAGUUCCUACCCCGUAUGCGCUACCUGCUAAUGAGCUGCUAAUGAAUUGUUUGCACAAGUAUGUCGCCUACGCCGAAAGCCGAAUUCAUAAGUCACCUAACGGCUCAUUCGAGAAGCUUCAUUUGCUUGUUUGGAAGUUAAUACAAGCUUUGUGGGGCCAAGAACAUGGCGUCAAGAUGGGCGGUCAACCUGGUUCUGUGUUCUGCCCUCCUGCGUUGCGGGAUAGUGAAAUGGAGACUUUGGACAGUUUCCAAACUAUCGAUCUGCGCAGGGAAGCUAUAUCUCGGUGGUUUGAGGAUGCGUUGAGCGAUGAAGAUGUUCCAAGCUUUUCUGACUGUACACCCAGUCCAGAAGUCGUCUUGCACCUGUUAUGUCAGCACCGAAUUGUGGAAGCAGCAGAUAUGGCGACGGAUUGCGGUAACUUGCGUCUGGCAACACUGAUUGCACAGGCGGCGUCCUAUGAAGGGUCUGAAUUUCGAAGUCUGAUGGAAGCACAAAUGAUACAGUGGAAUGAGAAUGGAUCGUUGAAAUUUAUGGACGAAACUUUGGUUUUUAUUUACAGUGUAUUGUCAGGGAGUGUCGAGGUGCUAUCUGCUCGUAAAGGCGCGCCCAUGUCAUGGAUCGCGUGUCUCGCGCUGUUUUUGUGGUACAAAUGUGGUCCUGCGUCGCCCUUAAAGUCAGCAAUGGCGCUGUACGAGGAUGCUGUCAGUAAACAGCUGGCUUCUCCUUCACUUUCACAAUUUGCAGCUGCAGGCACCGAUAAAGACGAUGUUUUGAUGGAGCUAAUGAAGCUUUACAUCGACGAUGUAGCUUCACUCUGCAAAGUGUUGUCACCCAGUGGAUUUGCGACGCAAGAUUUAUACCACCUGGACUACGAGCUGUCAUGGCAUCUGCACAGCGUUCUGCGUGCUAUUGGCUACAAGCUUGAUCGCCAUUGGGAAUCGCACAUUCAUCAGAGCUUUAUUUGCCAACUGGAAGGGUCUGGCCUUUGGGAAGACGCAGUAUAUGUUGCACUUAACAUUGCAGAUGUUACUGAGCGUGAGAAUACAUGCCGCGAGCUGCUCUUUCGAAAUGCAGACGCUUUGGCUUUGAACGCAUCCGCACGGAACGAUAUGUGUGAGCGUUUAAAACUCCCUGGUGAAUGGAUUAGCGAGGCACAGGCGGUGAGGGCUAUAGUAAAGCAGGAGCGCCACGAAGAAAUUGCGCACUGGAUAGCUGCUCGGCACUACGAAGAAGCUCAUGCGUGUUUGAUUUCGCACGUAGCGAUGCAAUGCUUAUUUGCUGGUGAGAAGGACGCUUUGAUGCAGCAGCUACUGGAGCUGGAGCCUAUGUCAGCCUACAUCCCGCAGUGGAAGACCUAUGGGAAGGCGAAUACCAUUGGGGGUGGAGAGCUGUUGGAGUAUCUCCGCCUUGAGCAGCAAAAGGGACUGGAGGUUGGCCACGAAAAACAGUUCCUCGAACGCGUUAUGAUGCUUUUUGAGAACCUUGCUAGCGCCCGAGAUGCCUCGGCGAAGGAUGCGGGCAAGAAGCGCGAGAAAGAUGUGCUGCUAGCGCAAACUUGUGUGUCAUCCAUGAUUGUGUCCUUGGCUACGCAGGCUGUGCAACUGCGCUCGCUUCUGACGUACGCGCAGGAACGCGAGCUGACAGACGAUACCUCUUCGAUGUCGGCACCCCUUGAGUUGGAGCCGGAGUUCCUAGUCAGGCUUUCGCGUUUGGUAUCCAAGCGCGAGACUGGCUUUGUGGAGUCGUAUCGGAUGAGUCAACUGAUGCCCGUGUGCUCUACUUUCAUUGAUUGGCGAGCUUAA